AUGACGUACCCUCUCUCUUCCACCUUCAACAUUCCCAUAACUCGCCUCCCUUUCUUCCAUCGCACCACAAUACCGCCUUCUCGAAUUUUAUGCUUCUCAAAGAACCACAGCCUCACAAAGGACCAACCCGACGACACUUCUGCGAGGUUAACGAAGCAAUUGAAGAAUACCAAGGUUCCCAGAACUGGUGAAGUUGCUCUUAGGAGAGCCAUUCCUGCAAACUCUAACAUGAAGUCUAUACAGGAGACUCUUGAAGAUAUUUCUUAUCUCUUGAGGAUUCCACAAAGAAAACCUUAUGGAACAAUGGAGGGGAAUGUCAAGAAAGUUUUGAAGAUAGCGGUAGAUGAAAAGGAUGCUAUAUUGGCAAGUAUACCAGCAGAACUGAAGGAAAAGGCUUCUCUGGUGCAUGCAACUCUAAUAGAUGGAAAGGGGGGGUUGCAAGUUCUCCUUCAAUCUAUUAAGGAACAGGACGCGGAUAAAGUGUCAGUGAACCUUCAAUCUACACUGGAUAUUGUGGCAGAGCUAGAGACAUUACAGGCACCGGGACUAUCUUUUCUCUUGCCGGGGCAGUACAUGCAAUAUCCACGGCUUUCAGGGAGAGGAACUGUUGAGUUCAUAGUUGAGAAAGGAGAUGGAUCAACAUUUUCUCCAGUUGGUGGAGAAGAGAGAAAAACUGCCACCAUUCAGGUUGUUAUAGAUGGAUAUUCGGCUCCAUUAACUGCGGGGAAUUUUGCAAAACUGGUGAUGGAUGGAACAUAUAAUGGCAUAAAGCUCAACUGUUCCAAUCAAGCUAUUCUCUCGGAAAAUAGACUAGAUAAGAGCAGUGGUUACAGUGUUCCCUUGGAAAUAAUGCCAGCCGGACAAUUUGAGCCCCUGUAUAAAACAGCAUUAAGUGUACAGGAUGGAGAACUGCCUGUUCUGCCUCUAUCUGUUUUUGGAGCAGUUGCUAUGGCUCAUAACGAAGCCUCUGAGGAGUACUCAUCACCUUAUCAGUUUUUCUUCUAUCUCUAUGAUAAACGAAAUGCUGGCUUGGGAGGGAUAUCAUUCGAAGAAGGGCAAUUUUCAGUUUUUGGAUAUACCACCAUUGGGAGAGAUAUUCUCCCCCAGAUAAAAACCGGUGAUAUCAUUCGUUCGGCAAAGCUGAUUGAAGGCCAAGACCGCCUUGUAUUGCCAAAGGAAAGUUGA